CGGCUGUGGCGCGGCCUUGGAAGUGUUGGUGUCGCAGCCGGUAAACGGGCAGGGGGAAGACACAUAAGAAGCAGCCGCCAUGGCGGACAACGCCGGCCUAGAGAACCACCGUAUCAAAAGCUUUAAGAACAAGGGGCGAGAUGUGGAGACUAUGAGAAGACACAGAAAUGAAGUGACUGUUGAGCUGCGGAAGAACAAACGAGACGAGCACCUGUUGAAAAAAAGAAAUGUCCCACAAGAAGAGAGUUUAGAAGAUUCAGAUGUCGAUGGAGAUUUUAAAUCGCAAAAUGUAACACUCGAAGCAAUAUUGCAGAAUGCCACCAGUGAUAAUCCAGCAAUCCAACUAAGUGCAGUGCAAGCAGCAAGAAAAUUACUGUCCAGUGACAGAAAUCCGCCUAUUGAUGAUCUAAUCAAAUCGGGAAUUCUGCCGAUCCUAGUGAAAUGCUUAGAGGCAGACGAUAACCCUUCUUUACAGUUUGAAGCAGCAUGGGCAUUAACUAACAUAGCAUCAGGAACCUCGGCACAAACCCAGGCAGUGGUUCAGUCCAAUGCUGUGCCUCUGUUCCUGAGACUUCUCCAUUCCCUGCAUCAAAAUGUUUGUGAACAAGCAGUUUGGGCACUUGGAAACAUUAUAGGUGAUGGCCCCCAGUGUAGAGAUUAUGUCAUCUCACUUGGAGUUGUCAAACCUCUCCUAUCCUUCAUAAACCCGUCAAUCCCCAUCACCUUCCUUCGGAACGUCACUUGGGUCAUUGUAAAUCUCUGCCGGAAUAAGGACCCUCCGCCGCCCAUGGAGACUGUCCAGGAGAUUUUGCCUGCUUUGUGUGUCCUCAUAUAUCAUACAGACAUCAAUAUUCUAGUGGAUACAGUGUGGGCUUUGUCUUACCUAACUGAUGGUGGAAACGAACAAAUACAGAUGGUGAUAGAUUCUGGAGUUGUUCCAUUUUUAGUACCUCUCUUGAGCCACCAGGAAGUAAAAGUACAAACUGCAGCUCUGAGGGCCGUUGGUAACAUUGUUACUGGAACAGAUGAACAGACUCAAGUUGUCUUAAACUGUGAUGUUCUUUCUCAUUUUCACAAUCUUCUGACCCACCCUAAAGAGAAAAUUAACAAGGAAGCAGUGUGGUUCUUAUCUAAUAUUACAGCAGGAAACCAGCAACAAGUUCAGGCUGUCAUUGAUGCUGGCCUAAUACCUAUGAUUAUACAUCAGCUGGCCAAGGGGGAUUUUGGAACCCAAAAGGAAGCCGCCUGGGCCAUCAGUAACUUAACGAUAAGUGGAAGAAAAGAUCAGGUGGAAUACCUUGUGCAGCAAAAUGUUAUCCCGCCCUUCUGCAGUUUGCUGUCUGUGAAGGAUUCCCAAGUUGUACAGGUUGUUCUGGACGGUCUGAAAAACAUUCUUAUAAUGGCAGGGGAUGAGGCCAGUACCAUUGCUGAGAUUAUUGAGGAAUGUGGAGGACUGGAGAAAAUAGAAGCACUGCAACAACAUGAGAAUGAAGAAAUCUACAAACUAGCAUUUGAGAUCAUAGACCAGUAUUUCUCUGGUGAUGAUAUUGAUGAAGAUCAAAGCCUUGUUCCCGAAGCUACCCCAGGAGGUACAUAUCAUUUUGAACCAACAACCAGUCUGCAAACAAAGGAAUUCAACUUCUAAGUAUGUUGCUGUGCAGCUUUUCUGUCCCUCAGCAUACGGCACCACCAGACAUCAACCCGCUGAAGAAACAUAAAGGCUUAAAGAUACACACGCCUCUUCGUUUUGAUGCUUCUAAAGCAAACCAUGUUUAUCUGUCACCUUGCAGUUGCCAAAUGUCACAUUCACACGGACUGUAAUUGCAUAUGCAUGAUCUCGGUUUCCUUUGAAAUUCUGACAGUCCCAACUCUAUCUCCUGCCUUCUCCAUUCAGCACCAUGUGCUGACCGCCACAACAUUCUUCUGUUCGAUUAUUCCAUAGUGGUGGCAUAUCAGCUUACUGUGGGAAAAGUAGCUUCUCUUGAAUCUGGUGCACUGUACAUCGAGACUUUGGUAUGAUGCCUACGUUUUGGAAGAAUUGCAGGAGUAGUCUGCUCUGAGCCUCCAUCUUCCUACAUGAACAUUUUCAUAUUUUGUGGAACUAAGAAAUUUAAUGGAAAACAAAAAAAAAAAAA